AUGGAGGAGCCGGACCUUAUGACCAAGGACUUCCAGCUGAACCAGCCAGCUGGAGGCACCAGGAUAUGUCCACCUAGUGCCCUGCUUCGGAAAGACUGGGAGUUGAGUCUUGGCCGGCAACGUUCAUUCACCCUCAUCGUGGAAGCCUGGGACUGGGACAACGACACCAGCCUGGAUGAGGAGCUGCUGAUCGAGCGCGUGUGGCACGCCGGCAUGAUCAACCCUGAGGACCGCUGGAAGAGCCUGCACUUCAGCGGCCACGUGGCCCAGCUGGAGCUGCAGGUGCGUGUGCGCUGCGCCGAGAACUACUACAGCCCCACCUGCAACAAGUUCUGCCGGCCACGCAGUGACUUCUUCGGUCACUACACCUGCGACCAGUAUGGCAACAAGGCCUGUAUGGAUGGCUGGAUGGGCCGGGAGUGUAAGCAAGCCGUGUGUAAACAAGGCUGUAACCUGCUCCACGGGGGAUGUGCGGUGCCUGGGGAGUGCAGGUGCAGCUAUGGCUGGCAGGGGAGAUUCUGUGACGAGUGCGUCCCAUACCCCGGCUGUGUGCAUGGCAGCUGCGUGGAGCCCUGGCAGUGCAACUGCGAGACCAACUGGGGUGGCCUGCUUUGCAACAAAGACCUGAACUACUGCGGCAGCCACCACCCCUGCACCAAUGGGGGCACAUGCAUCAAUGCUGAGCCCGACCAGUACCACUGCGCCUGCCCUGCCGGCUACUCGGGCAGGAACUGUGAGCGGGCAGAGCAUGCCUGUGCCUCCAACCCGUGUGCCAACGGGGGCUCUUGCCACGAGGUGCCCUCCGGCUUUGAGUGCCACUGCCCAUCCGGCUGGAGCGGGCCCACCUGUGCACUGGACAUCGAUGAGUGUGCCUCCAGCCCGUGUGCAGCAGGCGGCACCUGUGUGGACCAGGUGGAUGGCUUCGAGUGCAUCUGCCCUGAGCAGUGGGUGGGGGCCACCUGCCAGCUGGACGCCAAUGAGUGUGAAGGGAAGCCGUGCCUUAAUGCUUUUUCUUGCAAAAACCUGAUUGGUGGCUAUUACUGUGAUUGCAUCCCGGGCUGGAAGGGCGUCAACUGCCAUAUCAACAUCGACGACUGUCCCGGGCAGUGUCAGCACGGUGGCACCUGCAAGGACCUGGUGAACGGCUACCAGUGUGUGUGCCCACGGGGCUUUGGAGGCCGGCACUGUGAGCUGCAGCUGGACGAGUGUGCCAGCAGCCCCUGCCUGGGCGGCCUAUGUGAAGACCUGGUCGACGGCUUCCGCUGCCACUGCCCCCAGGGCUUCUCCGGGCCACUCUGCGAGGUGGACAUGGACUUCUGCGAGCCGAGCCCCUGCCAGAAUGGCGCCCGCUGCUAUAACCUGGAGGGCGACUAUUACUGCGCGUGCCCUGAUGACAUGGGUGGCAAGAACUGCUCCGUGCCCAGGGAGCCAUGCCCUGGCGGUGCCUGCAAAGUGAUCGAUGGCUGCGGGUUGGAGGCGGGACCCAGGGCGGGCGGUGCGGCGUCCUCUAGCGGCGUGUGCGGCCCCCACGGACACUGCGUCAGCCAGCCCGGGGGCAACUUCUCCUGCGUCUGCGACAGCGGCUUCACGGGUGCCUACUGCCACGAGAACAUCGACGACUGCCUGGGCCAGCCAUGCCGCAAUGGGGGCACGUGUAUUGACGAGGUGGACGCCUUCCGCUGCUUCUGCCCCAGCGGCUGGGAGGGCGAGCUGUGCGACACAAAUCCCAACGACUGCCUUCCUGAUCCCUGCCACAGCCGCGGCCACUGCUACGACCUGGUCAACGACUUCUACUGUGUAUGUGACGAUGGCUGGAAGGGCAAGACCUGCCACUCGCGCGAGUUCCAGUGUGACGCCUAUACUUGCAGCAACGGCGGCACAUGCUAUGACAGUGGCGACACCUUCCGUUGUGCCUGCCCCCCGGGCUGGAAGGGCAGCACCUGUAACAUCGCUGAGAACAGCAGCUGCCUGCCCAACCCCUGCGUGAAUGGGGGCACCUGUGUGGGCAGUGGCGACUCCUUCUCCUGCAUUUGCCGGGAUGGCUGGGAGGGCCGCACCUGCACACACAACACCAAUGAUUGCAACCCUCUGCCUUGCUACAAUGGCGGCGUCUGUGUUGACGGCGUGAACUGGUUCCGCUGCGAGUGUGCGCCCGGCUUCGCGGGUCCUGACUGUCGCAUCAACAUCGACGAGUGCCAGUCCUCGCCCUGUGCUUACGGGGCCACGUGUGUGGACGCCAUCAACGGCUAUCGCUGCAGCUGCCCGCCAGGCCGGGCCGGCCCGCGGUGUCAGGAGGUGAUUGUGUUCGGGAGGUCCUGCUGGUCACAGGGUGUGCCCGUCCCACACGGGAGCUCCUGGAUGGAAGACUGUAAUAGCUGCCGCUGCCUGGAUGGCCGCCGAGUGUGCAGCAAGGUGUGGUGCGGCAGGAAACCUUGCCUGCUGACCGGCCGGCCAGACACCCUGAGUGCCCAGUGCCCACCAGGGCAGCAGUGCCGGGAGAAGGCCCCGGGCCAGUGCCUGCAGCCACCCUGUGCUGCCUGGGGGGAGUGCAGCACGGCGGAGCCCCCGCUGCCCGGCACCGCCUGCCUGCCGGGCUCUGGCCACUUGGACAACAGCUGCGCACGCCUCACGCUGCACUUCGACCGAGACCAAGUGCCCCAGGGUACUACUGUGGGCGCCAUCUGCUCAGGAAUUCGUGCCCUGCCAGCCACAAGGACGGUGGCCCGGGACCGCCUGCUCGUGCUGCUUUGUGACCGGCCAUCCUCAGGGGCCAGUGCUGUGGAGGUGGCCAUGUCCUUCAGCCCCGCACGGGACCUGCCGGACAGCAGCCUGAUCCAGAGCGCUGCUCACGCCAUCGUGGACGCCAUCACGCAGCGGGGAAACAGCUCGCUGCUGCUGGCAGUCACUGAGGUCAAGGUGGAGACCGUGGUCAUGGGCGGCUCCCCCACAGGUGUGCUGGUGCCCGUGCUGUGCGGCGUGUUCAGCGUGCUGUGUCUGGCCUGCGUGGCCGUCUGCGUCUGGUGGACCCGCAAGCGCAGGAAAGAGCGGGAGAGGAGCCGGCUGCCGCGGGAGGAGAGCGCCAACAACCAGUGGGCCCCGCUCAACCCCAUCCGCAACCCCAUCGAGCGGCCCGCGGGCGGCCACAAGGAAGCGCUGUACCAGUGCAAGAACUUCACGCCCCCGCCGCGCAGGGCGGGCCGCGCGGGGGGCGAGGACGAGGAGGACGAGGAGCCGGGCCGCGCGGAAGAGGACUCCCUGGAGGCCGAGAAGUUCCUCGCGCACAAACUCACCAAAGAGCCCGGCCUCUCCCCCGGGAGGCCGGCCGGCUGGGCCUCAGGCCCCAAGGUGGACAACCGCACCGUCAGGGGCGUGGGCGAGGCCCGCCGCGCUGGCCAGGAGUAGGCAGGGCGCCAGCCGGCCGCGCGUGACCUGCCGCCGGACCGUGGGAGGCUGAGGCUGUGUGCAUAGUUUAUUUUGUGUAAAAAAACCACCAAAAACCAAAAACAAAUGUUUUAUUUUCUAUGUUUCGUUAACCUUGUAUAAAUUAUUCGGUAACUGUCAGGCGGAAAACGGCGGGGCGUUCUCGGAUAGUUGCUAUUUUUGUACCGUUUCCGGCGGGCGCCGGCCGCGUGGCAGGGGAGAGCAGAGGGUGUCGUGUGCUCACCAAGCUGUGGAACGCUGGUUACCAGUGGCGGUGUGCUGUUUACAGUCUUCCUGUGUAUUCCUCACUUGGGGUUCUCAGUGGCUCCAGGCCAAAGAGCCAGUGGGGCUGAUGGCCCACGGCGUUGAUGGGACCCGUGGCCGUCCGUGUGGCCCACGGCUGUUGGUGGGACCACCCGUGGCCGUCCGUGUGGCACCUGGCUGUGUGUGUGGCCUGUGGCUGACCAUGGCACCUGUGGUUGUCAGGGGGGCUUGAGGUCAUCAGUGGGGUCGUGGCAGUUGGCGUGGCCUGAGGCCUGUGGGCAGCCCCUCGCCGGCUCACCCGUCAGGCCCCCCAGUCUGCUGUCCUCACUUGCUCCUGUCCGGAACAUUCACUCUAGAGAUCCCUCAACUGUGUUUUCAGAAGUGCCCUUCCUGACUGCUCUGUUCUCCCCGGGACGGUGGCAGUAUUGAAGCUUGUGACAAGUGCCUUCACACAAACUCUCCCCUUGCAACUGUCAGCGUUUGCCGUGGGCACCAGGCCACUGCCCACCUGCCGGCCCCGGCCCUCCCCUCCCCCCCGUGAAAGUGCAUUUUUGUAAAUGUGUACAUAUUAAAUGAAUCACUCUGUAUAUUUGAUUUAAUAACUUAAA